AUUGACAUCCAUCCAGUGCGCACUGUUGUUGGCUGGUUUCACUGGCGUUUUUCCAUUGCCUGCGGUUUCGGACGGUGCGAAGGUGGUCCAAAUUUUGCAGCCAGCCCAAAAAACGGACGUACUGCGGUAUCUACUACAGCGCAGCAGAGAGUUCCCUUCGGCCGAAUUGGAAAGUAAGAUCAGCAGCUUCGGCGAAAAGGAACCUUCGCGCUUGGUGUCGCGAACAGUGAUGGUAGUAGUAGUAUAAAGUAAACCCAACCAUGAGCGUAAUCGAUUUUCUCUUCAGCAGAAACAGUCUCGCUCAGUAAAAGCGGGUUUGGCGCCGAACAUACACCCGGCACGCCAAAUAUUGUUGUUAUCCUUUCAUCAAUGCUUUUGCGUACAAAAACGUACACGAAAAAUUCGAUUCCAAAAGGUGCGGCGAAACACACAAAGAUUCAAUCUCUCUCUAUAUAUAUACAUAUCGGCCGUCCAGCGUGCGUGUGAGUAGAGUGUGUAGCCUUGAUGCGCGUGGUUACUAGCGAACGAGUUGGCAGAUUGUACUAAAACCCCUGCUAAAGAUGAUCCGCCGACUGUUCAGCACGCUCAUUGCGGAUUACCCUCCGGCCGGGGAGUUUCUUCCGUCGGCACCCAGCAAUCGACAACCUUCCACUGGUAGCGGUAGCGGCGGUACGGACGUAGUGCCACCGGCGUUCCGGACCAGCUCGCUACAGUCCUUGAGCUGGCUGCACGCAAUCUCGCCCUGCUUUCCGGUGUCAGGCGACCGCAUAGAGGUCAUCCGUGAGCCGGGCACGUUCUACAACACGCUGCUGGACAAAUGUUCGGUCGCGCAGCGAAGGAUCAUGCUCGCCAGCCUGUACCUUGGCACGGGCAGCCUGGAAACGCAGCUCGUGGCCGCCAUUCACGAAAACCUCCGCAACAAUGUGCAGCUCAAGGUGGACGUACUGCUGGACUUUACGCGUGGCACACGGGGCGAGCGAAACAGCAAAACCACGCUGAUGCCGCUGGUCAAGGAGACGGACAAUUUCCGCCUCUCGCUGUACCACACGCCGGUGCUGCGUGGGCUGACGAAACGCUUGGCACCACCGCGAUGGAACGAGCUGCUCGGCAUACAGCACAUGAAACUGUACCUGGUGGACGAUACGGUCAUCAUUUCCGGUGCGAAUCUGUCCAACGAUUAUUUCACCAACCGGCAAGACCGGUACGUCAUGAUCGAGGAUCGCCGACUGGCCGACUUCUAUGCCAACUUCCUGGGGAAGGUGCAGGAGUUUAGCCUGACGGUUGGGCGCGAUGGGGCGACGCGACUGCACGACACGUGGACCAUGCUGCCGUACAAGUGUGCCCAGCUAGAGUUUGCCACGGAAGCGCGGGAUCGCAUCCGGGCGUACUAUCGCAGCGUGAUGGACGAGCAGCGGGCGGUUUGCGAGCGGGACGAGACACAGCACGCGGACACGUGGAUAUUCCCGCUGAUCGAGAUGGGACAGCUCGGCAUACAUCACGACAGUCUGGCGACGAAGCAGCUGCUGUCGGGUUGUUUGGCCGGCUCGCAGCUGCGCUUGGCUACGGGAUACUUUAACCUGACGGAAACGUACAUGAACACGCUGACGAACGAGUGCCAGGCACAGUGUAACAUACUGAUGGCGCACCCGAACGCCAACGGGUUCCUCGGAGCGAAAGGACCGGCGGGCGGUAUCCCCGCAGCAUACUCCCUGCUGGCGCGCAAGUUUCUCGAGAUGCUGAAAUCGUCCGGCCAAAGCCACCGGGUGGAGCUGCUCGAGUACGAACGACCCGGGUGGACGUACCACGCCAAGGGCCUGUGGUACUAUCUACCCGACUCGUCCCUCCCGAACGUCACCCUCAUCGGUUCGUCCAACUUUGGCGAGCGCUCGGUGAACCGCGACCUCGAGGCACAGAUCUGCGUGGUCACGAAUAACGCCACUCUGCAGCGCAAGCUCGAAACCGAGUAUCAAAAUUUGCUCCAGCACGCGACCACCGCCGAAACGGAGCUCAUCAACCGGCCGGUGCCCCGGUGGGUGCGUGCCGUCGUGGGACUGUUUCGCAACUUUUUCUAAUCUCGCUCCGCUUCCGCUGGCGGCCGGUCCGGGUCCGGCCAACAGCUUCAUUGCGCAUCGAAGAUGCCAUACUCGUGAGCCCGCGCGAACAAACGCUAAACGUAUCGAAUACACGUGACAGUCACGUUGCAGUUGUGAUCAGUGUUAAGCCGACCAAUCGUUCGGUUCCGACAAGGACACGGGCCCGUGCCCGGGGUUACUUCUAGCUUCUAGUUUCGCCAUCAUGCAUCGCGUUAGC